CUUUCUUUUACUAUUAAACUGUUUUAUCUUUGUUUUAUUCGAUCCAGAUAAUUUUGCGCUUAUAAUAAUGUUGAAAAAAGGAUCCUCUGGCUCUAAAAUGCUUUCUAUAAGCUUGCUGGAACCCAUUGUGUUUGUGGGUUCCAGCUUGGAAGCAUCGCCGGUGUUAAGGGGAAUCGUGAAUAUACAUACAACUCAAUCAUACACUUUGACACGGCUUUACCUGAAAUUCAAUGGAGUUAUGAAAGCGACUUAUAGAGAAGUAGAAUUGAAGCACAAAGAUCAUCACAAACUGGUCGCUUCCGAGCGUCAAUUCUUAUAUCCAGCGGCUAAUACUAAUGGUGAACGCUCAAGAACAACAAAGCCUUUGAUUUUGGAAGCUGGCAUCACUCGAUUUGCCUUUGAAAUGCCUUUACCCGCUGGUAUUCCCGAAACUAUGAACGGUUCUCAGAUCGGUGUUCAUCAUAAUCUCACCGUAUGUUUGGACUAUCGACGACCCAUAACUACUAUUUCACAGUAUAUGCUUCCUGAUCAACGAUUGGACUUGCACGACGAAGUCAAAAGAGAAAUCAUCUUAGCGCGUAUGCCCGACAGCGGCAUGCUCUCCGGUGAAAAUCAAAUGCCAAACAUAGACUCAAAUAAACACUUUUCCAACUGGUGUCAAUACCGCAUUACAAUGGAGAAGAAGGCUGUAGCUACUGGCUCUCAACUACCUAUAAAAAUAGAAAUUGCUCCCACAGUCGAGCAUUUAACGUUGAAGCACUUCUUUUUGCAGUUGAUCGAAAGGCGUACUAUCACCGUAAUUGAUGCUUUAGGUCGGCCUCAAGAAAGAACUUCGCAUUCAGUAAUUUUCUUGCAUCCACCAAAAGACACUACACAGCAGAUAAUAGUACCGAAUACACCCAUAAAGGGUGUCUGGGAAGGGAACUGUGUCUAUCAAAUCCCUAAUAAUGAUAAAGUCAUGACCCAUUCAUCACAAGCUUAUGCUGAUUUCAAAGUGACCCAUAUGUUACUUGUGACAAUUGUGGUCUCUGUACCCCAUUUUAAAAGAAGAAACAUGCUUCAGUACUUCUCUAGCAAUUCAAACAAUAACAAUAGUCGUGACAGCAAGACAUUUUCGUAUCAAACACCUAUUGAUCUUGUGAAUGGUGAUGUGUUUCAAACAUGGGAAAUGGCCAAGUUACCUUCUUAUGACAAUAAUCCAAUGACCUCUGAGGAAAUAGAGAAGUUAACUGCUCAUGGACUUCUCAGCGAUUCACCACCACCAACCUAUGAAGAAGCUAUACUCUACCAUUAACAACUCUUUUACAUUAGCAUGAAAUAUAUAGAUAAUACAUUCAUUCUAACAUAUUUAUACCAGUAGCACCUUUGCCUUUAUAUUCGUUUUUAUUAUUUAUUCGAUUUGUAAAUUUGCCAAAUAAAACAAAUCAUUAACGAACCUUUUACAUAACUGCAUUUU